CAAUAAAAAAAUACUAUUUGCUUUUAACUUGUAAUACUAUAAUACUGUAUAUUGCCAUUCUAUAUCAUAUGCACAGACAAAGUGUUCGAGCGUUCACGUAGCUGACUACAAUACUCGGUGGUUACACAAGUAAUCUUGCCAGGUCUCCUUCGAUCUGAAAACACAGCUAAGAUGGCAGAGGAUCCAUACACAACCUUGGCACUCAACAUUUAUUUCAUAUUCACUUCUUUGCUGUGCCACUUGAAUCCAGGGAUUGCUACGACAGAAGUGUAUGCAAAGGGCGGUGAAAUCAGAGGAGUAGGAGAUCUGGCUAUAUUCCCUACGCCAGUACUGUCGGAUUACGAGAAAUCUUACUGGCAGGGGUCCACUGUGGUACCAAAUAAUUAUACAGAUGCAGUAAUGAGUUCUGUCGCUUUGGUGGCAAUCUCGCCGUCUCCCAGCAUUUCGCAUGAUAAUUUCGUCACUUCCUUAGAAUGUGACGUCACAAGAGUGAAUGCUGUGGCAUGUCUGAAGGUGUUCCCAUUAACUCCGAAGUCACGGUACGAGAGAAUGUAUUGUAUGUCAAAUGACGUCAUUAGGAAGAAAACAAACAACAAACACACAUGUAACUGCGAGACGUGUACACCGGAUGUACAUUGCUGGAUGUCCUGUCAGGCACUGGCAGAAUUCGGCGCGGCUCCGGACCCGGACUGUUUCUGUACACCCCACUCAGGAGGUGACGGAGAGGGUCCUAUUCCAUCUUGGUGUAAUAGCCCACAGGGUCAAACGGAGUUCUUCACAGAAUGUCACAGCCCCUUACUGAACUAUUCUUGUAAACUGUAUAAGACUUUCUUUGAAAAUGCUUUCAGCCUCACUCGCGAACAUUAUGCGGUUUGGAAGUCGUUUUCAUGCAAAGGUGCAACGACUGAAAAGUUGCUGAUAUCGUGCCUCAGUAAGGCUCUCGUCGUAAUUGUGAAUAAUACAUCGGUUUCUUGCGCUGAUCCCCUUAAGGACAUCACUUCCUGCUUGAUAUCUUUUCGGAAAGAGCUUGAUACAUCUUCCAAACCAAUUUGUCAAGAGGCGGUUAAACGUUGGGACGACAUGUCUCCAAAUAACUUUCAGUUAUCUAAAGAUGAUUUCGAAAAGGAAUUUACACCAGCACGACCGAAGAUCUAUGAAUGUUUGAGAGUUUUAUAGUAGAUUCCAACAUGGGUCUGCGUCAUAAUAUCAUACAUUGUCUUAUUAUAUAAUUCAUUUUACAUUCUAACAUGCUUCUAUACAUAUGCUUUAAUCAUCAUUGGUGCCAAUGCAUACUAGUCAUAAACCAAUCAGUGUUAUAUCAAUUCAAGUUCACCGCAUCAGAAAAUCAUUUCCGAUUUGGUCAGGCCAGACUUUCUGCCCCGGUUUAACAUUUAAGCAAUCUCAGUAAUUUUCCUGAUAUUUCAUUCAUAACGUGAUGUCGUCUACAACUUGUUUUUGCUUUUCCUCUUAUGUUAAAUAUAUGUUUCAAUUUAAUAUGAUUUAGCAUUAUUUUUUCAGCUCUGAAAAAUCAUGUAUCGAAUUAGACAUCUUGAUUUUGAGGAGUAUUCAGUGAACGAGAUAUUAUUUUUGAACAUUAUCUGUUUUUCUAUACGCAAUGACAAUGGCAACCAUCAAGCAAAGAUACACCAGGUGAUAAUGCGACAAAAGCUGAUGAUCUACCCCGGUAUAAAGUUGAUAAAGGAAAACUCAUGAGAUACAGAAAACAACUGAAAGCGAUUUCAUUUCAGAAUAUUUUAUUGUACCUUAUUGAAGGUUUUUAACAAAAAAUGUUCCAAUUAUGCAAAUUCAACAAUGUAGAACAAAAGAAAAAUAUUAAAAGUUUACAGAAACAAAACAUCAUCUGACACAUCCUCAAUAUUAAAGUUGGCGGGAAGAUGUGGACUUCAGAUGAAUUCACACUAUCAUAUCCACUGACAGCAUGUAUCACUUAGUGACAUUUAUGAUAUAUCGGAUAUACAUAUUGAUGCAGGAAGAAACUUUCCUUGUUCCACUGUUUAUGAUGUCUUUAUAUUUCAUACAAUGUGCCAUGACGUCACCAACAUGAUGAUAGAUGGAGGAUCUGAGUGUGACUACGGUCCGCGGUAUCAUUUGAUUUACUUCGUUUGUCCAAGGAAAAGUAUUCCUUUAUCAUGAUUCGUACAUUUAAACGAUCCAGUAUCCUGAUUAUUAUACCUGACGUCUAACCAUGACCCCGGGAUAAUGCUGACGGUAUUUCGCUGGAUUCAGUUGUUGGCUUGUUGCAGUUAAUUUUUCAUUGUUAACAUUUCAUCUCGGUUCCAGUUCCAGUCUGACAACUUCAACUUAUAAUAGACUGGUCUACCUACAGAUAUCUGGACUUGUCCGGACUCCAUACCAAUAUUUGAACUUUUUUUCAAUCUACUAUAGCAGUGACGUUCUUUGUUUGCUUUGUUAGCAUAGUUUUCAUGGUUUACUCUAUAACUGAAAUCACAUGGUAUAAUACAUUAUUGUACACAACAUAGUGAUAUUGCAAGUUAAAAAUGUAUAUAUAUGUAUAUAUAACAAAGCUGAGUAUUACCAAAACAGAUUUACCAUUUAUCAUGUUACUUGUAUUAUUUUUGAAUGACAAGCUUGAUGGGUUUCAGAAUGAUAAUCUGCAUUUGAUCUACUGUAUCAAAUGUAAUCAUUCUUGGGUUCAUAGUUGAAUACUGUAUAGUAUCUUGUAUAGGUGCAAAGUGUAUUUUAUAUGAUUAUUGUAUUUUAACAUUUGUAUGUGCCUUAAGUUUGGAUUACUUGAAUAUUGUAGAAGUCAUAAAUAAUUACUAAAGUUUAAUACAAUUCUUGUUAAAUUACUGAAAUUAAUAUCAUUUUAAAUGCAGCUUAAUAACUUGUAUUUUUGUAUGUGAAAUUCUUUUACUCAUACUAUUAAGUCUGCAUCCUUGUAUUUGUGUUUCAGAAAUGCGCGGCUGGAGGGUAGAUAUAGGUAUGAUGGAGACUUGGUGUUGUGUGAGCGAAGUUUUACAGCAGAUUUACUCGUUUUUAUAUAGUUACGUUUAAAUGUAUAGGGUAAAAUUUUUGAUUUCUGUAUAUUCAUGUCAUGUAAUAAGAUUUCUCACGACCAGUUGUUAAUUUCACAGGGUUCAAUUUUUUUAAGGGGGGCAUGUUAUGCAUAUGGUGUUACUGGUCUGUGAUAUAUCUUAUAAUUGUACAAUCUAGGGGAGAUAAUCUAACUCCAUAUGUAUAUGAGUUAUUCCCCUUUGUUGUAAUUCUUUUCGUUUGUAAGAUACAUUUUGAUUAUUCAUAUAAAGACUUGGAACUGGAAA